GACUGGCUGGACUGGCUGGACUGGCUGGACUGACUAGGGAUUCGCUGUCUAACUCUUAUUAGAUCCCUAGCCACGAGCAUGGUUUGGCAUCUUUAAUGCAGAGAGAUGUACAUUGACAGCUUAUGAUCUGAUAUAUACCUAGGUAAGUUACUCAUGACUGUGUCCAAUGUAUCGAUGAAAGGGAAGGAAAGGAAUGUCAUUCAUUCCAUCAGUUCGUGUCCAGUCAAGCAAUCAAGCCCUUCAGCCCUUCAUUCAUAUAUCCUUCCAUCUGCACUCGUGGAUCCUUCUAAAAACUUCCAAUUUCUCACGGCCAACUGCUACCCUCUCACCUUGACCCAUCCGCCUACCUAGGUAUGUAUGUAUGCACAUCUAUAUCCAUAUCCAUCGCCAUCUCCAUACCCAUCUCCAUCCAGAUCCAUAUCCAGAUCCAUAUCUCCACACCAUCUAAAUCAACCGUCACAGUACAAAGCAUUCACCACCACCACCACCACCACGACUUUCUUCCCUCCCUCACCACGCAUCCAUAUUUAUUCAGAAAUUAUCUUCAAAAGGCGGCGUGUGGCCCGUUCACGAACAACAAAGACAAUUCCUUCGCACUCUUCUUUUUCCCUCUCCCCAAACAUCCCUUGGCCGGAAAUUCCUUUGAUCAAUUUCUAGUCAUUGUCUCUGGUCUCUGGUCUCUGGUCUCCGGUCUCUAGUUUCUCCCCUCUAGCCUCUAAUCUCUGACACCAAGUUUCAUCCUAAACACUCCAAAGGAAACGAAGAAGGAAGAAGAAGAAGAAGAAGAAGAAAAAAAAAAGAAGUUUCUCGUCAAGAGAGAGACUCCCAAUCCCAUCCCAUCCCAUCUUUGUUCUCCCAGAUUCUACACCGUCUCGUCUAUCUACCGGUGGCUACUCAAUUUACAAGAUAAUUCAUUUCAAUACUUUCACCCUCUCCACACAAAGGAUCACUCACACUCUCACUCUCACUCUCACUCACACUCUCACUCUCACUCUCACUCUCACUCUCACUCUCACUCCACCAACUCAACUCGACUUGACUUAACCUCCUCGUUCGACUUAUCUUCGCUUCAUACUACAACAUUGUCUGGCAAUUUCCCCGAAGAAAUUUAAUCCACUUCGUUAUCGAGAAAACACCAAUUUCGCAUGAUUUGUUAGUUUUGCGCCGAAUGUCUCCAUUUACAAAUUCAAUCGCAUUUCCUUAGAAAACUUAUUGGUCAUAUCGAGAAGAAGGGGAGAGAGCGCCUUGAAUCCAUCCAGACUUUUGCGCCCAUGGGAAACAGUUCUGGAAAGCCGGUGAACUUCGAAGAUGAAGGUAUGAAUGAAUUUGGUUGAUAAAGGGCUCCGUGGCAAGAGAAUGUGCGAGGAAUCCCUCGAGUUCUUGAGGGGUUCUUUAUCUUGGUUGCCGGUGUCAUUUCGCCACUAGCACUCUUGCUGACAUAUGAUUUCUUCCCGAUAGUGAGCCUCAAUCAUUUUCGACUUCUGCGAGUUGUUGGAAAGGGUGCUUUUGGAAAAGUAAGGAUAGUAGAGAGAAAGGACACGGGAUUGACGUUUGCGCUCAAGUACAUUCGCAAGGAUGAGGGUUGGUGAUACUUCAUUCCAAUCUUGAACGACUACUGAUUUUCCCAUAUAGUCGUUCGACAAGAAAGCGUACGGAAUAUCAUUCGAGAACGUCGAAUGUUGGAGCAUCUAAACCACCCAUUUAUUUGUAACUUGCGAUAUAGUUUUCAAGACAUUGAGUACAUGUAUCUAGUUGUCGAUUUAAUGAACGGAGGCGAUUUACGAUUCCAUAUUUCGAGAAAGACCUUCACCGAGGAAGCGGUGCAGUUUUGGAUUGCCGAACUUGGAAUUGCAUUGAAGUACAUACAUAAGCAGGGUAUCAUACAUCGGGAUGUCAAACCUGACAAUGUUUUACUGGAUUCCGAGGGGCACAUUCAUUUAGCAGAUUUUAAUGUUGCAUCGGAUUACACUUCACACAGAUUGUUGACUAGCAAAUCUGGCACUCUAGCUUAUCUCGCACCAGAAGUUUACAAAGGAUGUGGAUAUGGACCUGGCGCAGAUUGGUGGUCAUUAGGUGUACUGUUCUAUGAGUGUAUCUACAACAAGAGGCCAUUUGAAGGCAGUACCCAGACAACGUUAGCAGCGCAGAUAACCAAAGCUGCACCGAAUUUCCCAAUCACAGCCCCGGCCGUUUCUAUGCCAUGUUUACAUGCCAUUAGUUCAGCUCUCGAGGAGGAUCCAUCGAAGCGAAUGGGUUCAGCCGGAUUCGAAACUUUUACCGACAACCCCUUCUUCAGACCCAUAGAUUUCGAGGCACUUGAGAGAAAAGAGAUAGAACCAGUUUUCGUCCCAUCUAGUGAAAAGACGAACUUCGACGCUACUUAUGAUCUCGAGGAAUUACUAUUGGAGGAAGCACCUUUAGAAGCUCGGGCACGUCGACAAAAACCAAGAGAGGCUCUCAAGGAGGAUGCGACAGAGAAGGAAAUCAAGGAAGAGGAACUUCACAAGAUGAUUGAAGCUCAAUAUACGACAUUCGAUUACACCAAGGCAGCGUAUGACAGAUACAACGAAGGUGGUGAUCCAAAUUCCCCGCCUCCGGUUACUCAAAAUGCUAGCCCGUCGACUCCAGCGUCACAAACUUCUGAUGAAUUUCCAAAAGCUACUCUCACGCGCACUUUAUCUAAGAACCGAAAAAGAGCCGCUUCGCGGUCUCAACCGUCUUCACGUUCAGAAUCACCAUCGAAUAGUGGAAAUAUUCCACCGGUUCCUAACUCGCAAAUUCCUGGCUCUCAACAACCUUCUCAAAAUACUAGCCCGGUCUUAGGACCUCCUCGUUCCGUACCUCAUUCACAUUCACCAAGUACGACCAAAACACCCUUAUCACCUUAUCAACAAUCAUAUAACCGCCCUCAUCGUCCUGGUGGAAUACGCAAGGAAUCACAAGGUGGUGGUAUGCAAGUGGUUUUAGGCGAAACUGGAAGUUGGUCAGAAUUGGCCAAGCAAGAUGCAACCUUGCCCGCAGAUGCUAAAUUAGUAGAAGCGCAUGCCAAGCCAACGGGUAUGUUAGGAUUCUUAUCCAGAAAGAAGGGCAGAGGGCACAGCCCAAAGCCACAGGAGAGGGGUAUCUUGGGGAAGGAAGGUGCAAGAGUUAUUAUAAGCCAAGGUUGAAAUGGUAUCGAAUCAGGAUGAUUCAAUGAAACAUUUCAAUACUAUUGGUACAUAUUUACGAAUUUCCGGUACACAAUUUCCUUUGGUGCGAUCAAUGUAUAUUCAUUGCAUUCGUUGCAUUUUCAAGGGGGUAAGCGGGGAGUUUUAUCACUUUAAUUUUACCCGAUCAUACGUACACGGUUCUCUCACUACCCGAGCAGGCUGGACUUUUAAUUUCUUUUUCUACAUAUUUCUUUUGUUCAUGACAGAUAUGCUGGAGGAAUAAUGAACUCCAUGUGGUUUUUCUUUCUUACGGAGGGGGAUGUAAAUAUUAAAAGAGAAGCGAUCGGAGAGGCAUCUGCCUUGUGAGGAACGAUUAACUCGGUACUUGAAGCGAACGGAAGACUCGAACUCGAAUCUGGGAUACGAUUUUCAUAGGACAUAAGAUAGAGAUAUUUAUGGAACGAAACGGAUCUCUAGGAUUGAGUUUCGCUUUACGUUCUACUUUUGAGGUUUAAAUGGGGAGCAGUGAUGAAACAAGUUGGGAUAGGAUAGGAUGAGAUAGAUACCAUUUGGUGAAGGGAAGCCGAGAUUGCAAUCUUUGAGAUUUGCAAAUACGGUAUAGGGAUAGAGGAUAUUCCCGGGGAUUGGAAAUGGGGAUGGGUAUGAUAUGGAUAUGAUGGUUGGCAGGAUAGGGUAGGGUAGAAUAGGAUUUGGAUGGUUGAGUUGAGUUGGACUGAGAUAGGAUAGGGGAUAGAUGGAUGGAUGGAAUGGGAUGAUAUGAGAUGAGAUGGGUUCGAGUGUUUUUGUAGAUAUGAUACCAAGAUGAAAUAUGAAACA